CAUGGAAUUGGAAUGUAAUGACAUCAUGUUAAUGGAGUGUCCACACAUUCAAAUAUCUGGUAAAAUAAUAAUUGAGUCUUUUCUUAUCGUGUAUGCACAACCAUACAACAAUCGUGUUGGUGUGUUGAUAAUGAGUAGGGCAAAAAUCAAGCGUAGAGUUGGUAAAUAUGAAGUAGGAAGGACAAUUGGCGAGGGAACGUUCGCUAAAGUCAAAUUUGCAAGGAAUUCAGAGACAGGAGAAAAUGUGGCAAUCAAGAUUCUUGAUAAAGAUAAGGUCCUUAAGCACAAAAUGGCUGAACAGAUAAAGCGGGAAAUUGCUAUAACGAAGUUAAUCAGACAUCCUCAUGUUGUACAGUUAUACGAGGUGAUGGGAAGCAAGACAAAGAUAUUCAUAGUUUUGGAGUUUGUUACAGGUGGAGAGUUAUUUGACAAAAUUGUAAAUCAUGGACGGAUGCGCGAGGAAGAGGCAAGGAAGUAUUUUCAGCAGCUUAUUAAUGCUGUUGAUUAUUGUCAUAGUAGGGGAGUUUAUCACAGAGAUCUAAAGCCUGAGAAUUUACUGUUGGAUUCUUCUGGUAAUCUCAAGGUUUCUGAUUUUGGAUUGAGUGCUCUAUCCCAGCAAGUCAGGGACGAUGGCUUACUACAUACCACCUGUGGAACUCCCAACUAUGUUGCUCCUGAGGUACUCAAUGACCGAGGAUAUGAUGGUGCAACGGCAGAUCUCUGGUCGUGCGGAGUCAUACUCUUUGUACUGCUUGCAGGUUACUUGCCUUUUGACGACUCCAAUCUCAUGAACCUGUAUAACAAAAUAUCUGCUGCUGAAUUUACUUGCCCACCUUGGAUCUCUUUUGCUGCCAUGAAGUUAAUUAAUCGCAUCUUGGAUCCAAAUCCUACGACGCGUAUUACCGCCCCUGAAAUUUUGGAGGAUGAGUGGUUUAAGAAAGAUUAUAGACCACCUGUUUUCGACGAGAUAGAAGAUGCAAACCUGGAUGAUGUUGAAGCUGUUUUCAAAGACUCUGAAGAAUAUCAUGUAACAGAGAAAAAAGAAGAGAAGCCAACUUCCAUGAAUGCAUUCGAGUUGAUUUCUAUGUCACAAGGACUUAACCUUGGCAAUCUCUUCGACGAACAGGGAUUCAAGCGAGAAACGAGGUUCACAUCUAAAUGCCCGGCCAACGAGAUAAUCAGUAAGAUCGAAGAAGCUGCUAAACCUCUCGGCUUUGAUGUUAGCAAAAAGAACUACAAGAUGAGGCUCCAAAAUCUGAAAGCCGGAAGAAAAGGGAACCUUAAUGUUUCCACUGAGAUAUUUCAAGUUGCUCCGUCUCUUCAUAUGGUUGAGGUGCGCAAGGCAAAAGGUGACACUUUGGAAUUCCACAAGUUCUACAAGAAUCUUUCAACCUCCUUAGAUGAAGUUGUAUGGAAAACUGAAGAGAACAUGGAAAAGAAGAAGUAAAGAGCAAUAGAAUUUGCAUUUUUUUGAAAAAAUCUCUGUUGCUACCAAUUGUAAGAACUGUUGUGGUUCUUUCUUUCUUUACUAUUGUUUUUCCUUUAUUUUUCUUUUGAGGCCAUCUUUUCUGGGACUUUGUUCUCUUAUAAGAGAAUUACCAAAAAAGGAUUUCUCAAAUUGUUUCAUUAGUUGUAGGUAUUAGACAGACAGCAGAGUUUGCUCCUGUUAAGGUGAAGUUUGUAUAAUCUGUGUCACUUUUGACAAAUGUGAUUGCAUGGUAUACUGUAUAUUGGAUUCUUUAGAUUUUUAUUU